UUUUCCAGGUAAAUGUCCUGAGGUAAACGUCAGACGCGGUGUUUUUCCAGAAGCAGCUUCAACACCGGUGGAUUGUGUCAGACGAGCGGAAGCAGAAGAGAGAUGAUUGAUUCUUGUUGAGGAGGAAAUGGGAUUGAGCCGCCAGCCGGUGGGUGCGUCCACUGUCCUGCUGCUGCUUCUGGUCAGCGGAGGCUCUUUCGUUUACGUUGCCCCUCCCACCAACGUAGUUGUGAGCUGUCAGAACCUGAACACCCGAGUCAGCUGGGAUUACAGGUCACCGCAGCCGCGCACCGUUUUCCGAGUCACCAUCACAGGAUCCUCGGGUUCUCACGAGGAGAACACCACAGAACACACCUGGUAUGAUCUGAGCCCGUUCGUCUGGCGCUCAGCCACGCACUACCAGGACUUCCUGUACGUGACCGUGGAGGCCGUGCAGGGGGCCCACCAGUCUGAAGCCAUCAAGUCCCAAAGCUUCUCCUUCAACAACUUGAAGACGGUGCAUAAAACAUGUGUUUUAGAUUUCCCUCGUGCGCAGUUAGACGUGGGCGAACUCGCAUCAGUGACGUUUGAGAAUCCUCUCAAACUCUACCCACAACUGAACGAUGCCUCUGAGCUCCAAAUCACAGCCAUCGCAGCGGGACAGGAAUUUACAGGACUCUGCCUGGAGCAGCAUCCCAUCUGCAAAGUGGACGUAACGUUCGUUGAGGGCCAGACGAAGUGUGUCCGACUCAGAGGGGUGUUGUUUAACCGGAGGGGCCUUUGCCAGGUGUCCUUCAGAGAUGAGGAUGGAAUCUGUUCCCAUGAAGAGGUGAAGGAGGUGGAUGAGAAGGUUGCUGCCAUCAUCGUGGGUUCUCUCUUCGUUCUUGUAAUCAUCGUUUUGAUUGUGAUCAUCUGGUGGGUGAAGGCCUGGAGCAUGCAGACAUCCAACCUACCCGUGAUCCUGGUGUCUAAACCCCAUCAAAGGCUGUACCACCCCCAGGAAAAGGUGAAGAUCAGUCCCGUCUUUCUGUGCUCGUCUUCCAAGAGUCCUGCCAUCAAACCCUCGAUGAGUGGCGUCUGCUCAGAGUACCACAGCUGGGGCGCACAGCUGGAGGACCAACACCAGCAGCUGGAGGACCAACACCAGCAGCUGGAGGACCAACACCAGCAGCUGGAGGACCAACACCAGCAGCUGGAGGCUGAGGGAUUGAUGUCCAAGGGGACAGAAGAGGACUCUACAGACGACUCCACGAGGACGGACUCCGUGUCCGUCUCUUCACAAGACGAGGAGCAGCAGCCUGUGUCGCCCUACGACCGCUCCCACUUUGUGGAGGUGGACAUGGGAGUUGGAGACAUGGUGACUGGUUACAUUGGGGAAUAAC